GGCUGUGCACCGCAGGGAUGUACUUCAGCUGGGCUGUAGGAAGCCUGAAGCCUCGGCGCCUGAAGGCGGGAACCGGCGGCAUUGAACUCUUACAGGCAGCCAGCGGGGAACACCACUCGCUCCUACUGUUCAGCAACCACAGGGUGUAUUCCUGUGGGGACAACAGCUGGGGACAGCUGGGCCAGAAGAGAGAGCAGAGUACCAAAAAGCCAGAACCAAUUCAGGCACUGAAUAAUCUGCAUGUUGACCUGGUGAGCUGUGGGAAGGAACACUCUGUGGCUGUCUGCCACAAAGGAAAGGUCUUCGCUUGGGGAGCCGGUUCUGAAGGGCAGCUGGGGAUUGGAGAAUUUAAGGAAAAAAGCUUUAUGCCUACGAAAAUAAAAGCUCUGGCUGGCAUAAAAAUAAUCCAAGUUUCCUGUGGACACUACCACUCUUUGGCAUUAUCAGAAGAUGGCCAUGUGUUUUCAUGGGGAAGGAACAGUGAAGGACAACUGGGCCUGGGGAAGAAUUCCCGUUCCCAAGCUAUCCCACAGAAGGUGAAGUCUCUGGAGGGGAUCCCACUGGCUCAGGUUGCUGCAGGUGGCACACACAGUUUUGCUCUGUCUCUCACGGGGACAUCAUUUGGCUGGGGGAGCAACAGAUCUGGGCAGCUGGCUCUCAGCGGGAACAAAGUUAAAGAACAAAUCUACAAGCCACAUUCAAUUGGUGCCCUGAAGAAUCUGAGUGUGGUUUAUAUUAGCUGUGGUUAUGAGCACACUGCCGUGCUUACUGAGGAGGGACAAGUGUUUACAUUUGGAGGCAAUAGCUCUGGACAGCUACAGCCCAGCCCCAGGAGUGGGAGAAGAGGCCCACAACUCAUAGAAGGAAUUGGUGGCUGUGUUUCACAGAUAGAGUGCGCAAGUUAUCACACCAUUGCAUAUGUCUACACCACCGGUCAGGUGGUAUCUUUAGGCCAUGGACCAAGUCACACAAGCAACCCAACUCAUCAGGAGGCCCCCGCGGAGAACUCUGACAUUACCUGCCUGCUAGCUGCAGAGGACCUUGUGGAUAUUGAAGUCAAAGACAUUUUUGCUGGAGCACACGCCAACUUUGUGACAACUCGUCGGGUAUCACGUACUAGGUCUACAGGUGUUUCCAUGAAAAUCCUGCCAGAAAUAAUCCGAAUCAACCAGUCUCUGGUAAAGAAAUGGAGAGCAGCAAACAAAAGAAAAGAUCGGGAAGAUGCCAAAAGAGAAAUCAGCUUGAUAUUUUCAUCUUCUGCUUGUUUGACAGCGAGCUUUCUGAAGAAAAGAGAUGCUGGAGAAAAUAAUUUCAUUGAUGUGGAUUUAAAACUGGCAAGAGAUGUCUUCAAGAAGUUAACAACAGAGAAAUGGAUUUCUUCCUUGAUAACCACAUGUCUUGAGGAGGAUCUGCUCAGAGAUCUUCCAUACAGUUCUCCACACCACGACGCUCUACUGGUUUUUCUUUUGCUCCCAGAAUGUUCCAUUAUGCACGAUCCUAAGAACUGGAAGACCCUGGCAUUUGAAUUUGCAAAAGUUAUUCAUAAAAUGGAUCCACAGUCAUUAGCAUUUCUGAGAACAUGUUGGGCAUCUUUGGAAGUUUCUUCUCUGAACAUACUGGUUCAGAUGCUAAAGAAAGCCAUCAUCUCUCAAAUACAGUAUGGAGUUGCAACCGAGCAGUAUAUUACUAAUAUUAAAGUUCUUUUAGAAGUGAUAAAAGAAGUGCACAAGGCUAAAUGUCAACUUCCAGAAAGUGCCUUCAUCAUAAAUGAGCUUUCUGGCAUCUUUAGCUUUGAUGUAGAGGCAGGAAGAAUGUUCAUACGGCAUAAUGAUCUGGUCUCUACAGAAUUCUCAGAUAUGGUUGUUUUCAGUGAUUUUCUAUUUGUCUUUGAUUUGCCAUCCAAAAUUAAACUAAUGAAAUGUGACUCAUUUGUAAAACUGAUGUCUGAAGUCAUGGCAUUUCCAGAAAAGAUGAGCUCCCCACCAUACCUUAUACUGAAAGUCAGACGAAGUCACCUGGUGGAAGAUACAUUGCGUCAAUUAAGACAAGUGGAAGACUUCGACCUUAGGAAGCAACUAUUGGUUGAAUUUGUUAAUGAAAUUUGUCCUGAGGCUGGGGGAGUGAGUUCAGAGUUCUUCCACUGUAUAUUUGAAGAGAUGACAGACCCCAAAUAUGAAAUGUUCAUAUAUCCUGAAAAGGGUUCCAACAUGUGGUUUCCAGUCAAUCCCAAGUUUGAGAAGAGCAGCUAUUUCCUAUUUGGGAUCUUAUGUGGACUCUCCCUACAUAACUUAAAGGUUAUCAACCUUCCUUUUCCACUGGCUUUAUAUAAAAAACUUUUGAACCAAAAGCCGUCUUUGGAAGACUUAAAAGAACUUAGUCUUCCCUUGGGGAGGAAUUUGCAAGAAGUUCAAAAUUGUGAGGCUGAUGAUAUUGAAGAACUUCACAUGUAUUUUUCUAUAUACUGGGAUCAAAAAGAUGUUGAUUUAAUUCCAGAUGGGAUCUCUGUGCCUGUGAACGAAACCAACAAGACAGACUAUGUGCAUAAGUGUGUUGAUUACAUUUUUAACAUAUCUAUAAAGACGAUUUAUGAAGAAUUUCAUAGAGGAUUUUACAAGGUGUGUAACUGGGAUAUAAUUAGGCAAUUCCAGCCCGAAGAACUAAUGACAGCAAUAAUUGGAAAUGCUACUUGUGACUGGAAACAAUUUGAAAAUAAUUCAAAGUAUGAAGAUGGAUAUGACAAAUCACACCCAACUAUUCUGCGGUUUUGGAAGGCUUUCCAUGACUUAACUUUCGAUGAAAAGAAAAAAUUUCUCUUGUUUCUUACAGGAUGUGAUAGGCUGCAUGUGAAAGGCCUACAGCAUGAAGGGAUAGUAUUCCGGUGUUCUGAAACCUUCAGUGAAGAAGAUAACCUAAGAUCAUUGACAUGUCACAGGAUGCUAGACCUGCCUAAGUAUUCCUCAAUGCGAAGGAUGAAGGAAGCACUUCAGGUUGCAAUCAACAAUAGCACGGGAUUUGUCUCAUCCCCAUGCAGAAACAUUCACCUCCCAGCAGUUCACAGACUCAGGAAUUAGGUGUUUCACUUUGGAAUUCUUCUGUCUUUCCUUAAUCUAAGUAGGGACAAGAGGUUAAAGGAUUUUACUUGAAUUGCACAGUUUUUGAGAUAAAUAAAUUAUAAAUUAAUAUUUUAAUGAAACAAUUCUAUAAUA